CGAGCACGCAAAGACUCUGCCUGUCUAGUUAUUCAGAUCAUUCAGAUUUAGAUUCAGCAGAUUCAAAGAUCUUAUCAUGGGUGGCGGAAUCGACGUGUCGGCCAACAAGGAGCCCGUCACGGAGCCCUUUGCCUCCUGGGUUGCCUCUCUCUCGCUCUCUGAUGUGCCUGAAGACGUCCGGACCCGCGUCAAGCACAUCCUCCUUGAUGGCCUUGGUUGCGCCUUGCUUGGCUCCAAACUGCCUUGGUCUGUCAAAGCCAAAGAAGCCAUUUGCACCCUGGAAGGCCCUGGAAAAUGUUCCCUGAUUGGCUACAACCAGGGUCUGGGGCCCCUCCCUGCUGCUCUAUUGAACAGCACUUUCUUGCAAGCCUUUGAGAUGGACGAGUUCCACUUUGCCAACCCCAUCCACGGCAGCUCGGUCAUCAUCCCCGCCAUCUUUGCCGCCGCCCAGCAUGAAUCCUCCCCCAUCACGGGUGCUUCCCUCCUCCUCGCUGCUCUCGUAGGCUACGAGACUGGCCCCCGGGUCGGCGCUGCCCUGGGCGGCCACCAGAUCCUCGGCAUGGGCUGGCACUCCGGCCCUAUCUUCGGUCCUGCCGCCAGCGCCGCCGCCGUCAGCAAGCUGUGGAACCAGCCCGCCGAGAUCAUCGAGGAGUCCAUCGGCACCGCAUGCACCCAGGCCGGCGGGCUCAUGUCGGCCCAGUACGAGUCGAUGGUGAAACGCAUGCAGCACGGGUUCGCCGCCCGCAGCGGCGUGCUCGCUGCGUCUCUCUCCCGCGAAGGCUUCCGCGGCAUCAAGAAAGUCUUCGACCGCGAAUACGGCGGCUUCCUCACCACCUUCUCGCUCGGCUCCAAAAACACCCCCCGCUUCGACGGCGCCGAGCUCCUCUCCGAGCUCGGUUCCCGCUGGGACCUCCUGGGCUUCAGCAUCAAGCGCUACGCAUCCUGCGCCACCACCCACGGCUCCGUCGACUGCAUCCGCACCCUGCUUUCCGACCACCCAGACCAAAUGAAGGACGUCUCCCGCAUCGCCAAAAUCACCAUCUACAUGCCAGAGGUCGCGCGCAAACGCGCCGCCUUCGCCCCCGAACGCCCCAUCACCGCGAUCGCGGCGCAGAUGAGCGCCCCCUACGCGGUCGCCGUCGCCCUCCUCGACGGCGACGUCACGCCCCACCAGUUCGCGACGGAGCUGCUCGGCCGUGACGCCAUCUGGGAGAUCAUGCCCAAGGUGACCUGCACCACUAGUGAAGAGUUCUACCAUACCUGGGCGCACAAGGCGGUGGUCGAGUUCGAUGAUGGUACUUCGGUCACUUCAACCAUCAAGGCUCCUACGGGUGUUGACCCUGCCUUGACGAAUGAGGGUAUUGUGGACAAGUUCCGGACUGUGACGAAGGGUGUGAUCACCGAGGAGAGGCAGCGGGCGAUUGAGAAGUUUAUUCUCAAUUUGGAGGAUGUAGAGGAUGUCAAUGUUGCGUUGAAGGCGUUGCUUGAUGAGGAGACUGUUAAUGUUAUUGCAUGAUAUACCAU